AUCAACAGAUUUUUUAAAAGUCUGUUGGCUUGAAAAGUGGUUUAAAUAAAUCUUGAACGUUGUCUACGUAAUUUUUUAACGAGACAAGGAAGUUAAAAACAAGAGAAUAACAUAGUCGUGACGAGAAUUUUAGCUGUACAUUCCUUGUCUGUCUUACACAGAUGUCCGAGAAAUGGUUGUUUUUGUCAGUAUAGUGUUAUUUUGCACAUAUGUCAAGCUAAUUCUGUGUGAUUUAUGCGAUCCAAACCAUGGAAGUGAAGGAGCCUAUGACUGUGUACACAUGCCUAAGUAUAACGGGUAUCAAUGGGCUGUUUGUCUGUCAAGUCAUUCCUUGAAAACACACACAUCCGGGUAUAUGGAUUGUCAUGGGUCUGCCUUUUGCUGGCUACCGUGUACUCAGAGUGUGAAUCCUAACAUCGAACAAGGUCAUGUUGCACACGAAUGCAUCUGCGAUCCAACUGAAAACGAAAGAAGAAAAAGGUCCUUAUUGGCGGAAGGGAGAAAGAUGGAAGUUACAGUGUCGCCAGUAUGUUACAUUCCUGCCAUGGAGAGCAAUUGUCAGUGGUACUCCAGCUGCUUAGAGUCCCACUCAGCAUGUGAAGAAAGCGAUUUUCAUUAUGCCAUUUCAUAUGGAAAAGCUAUUUGUUCUAUCUUUCUGGAAAGUUUUAAUUCAUUUUCAGAAGAUGGGAAAAGUUGGAUCAUGUCAUCUCAGAAAUGUAUUGAAGAUAGACUGAGAUCAAUACUAAUGCCAAAUGACACUUCAGAUUGUAAGAACGUUCACAAUCGUGCGUACAAAGCUCACACAGACUGCUACUUACGACAAAGCAACCCUGGAUUCUGCAAUCUUCAGCAUGUGGAUCAAAUGAAGAUCUACUGGAGCAUAAAACAAGUUUAUCAAAAUGCAUUUAGUGAAUAUUUCGACAAAGGCAUGGCGGAAUUUAGAACCUGCCUUCGAAAUGACGUUUACAUGGAGCAAAUAGAAUAUGUAUUUUAUAUAGAGAAGAAUAUCAAUAAACUUUAUGAAGUUGACGAGAAAGACUUUGCGAUGGCUUUGGCAGAAAAGUUUGCAUUCUCGUCACAUGGAGUAGACUGGGAUGUAGAUUUAAACAUGUACAAUCGAUCAAGGUCUAAACGAGAUACCGAUUUCUCCAGGUCAAAGAUGUAUCAGCCGAUUCGUGUGCUUGUCAGUAGAAAGCAGGUGGAUUUAGUGGACCGUUCACGGAGAAGUCCAAAUCAAAACCAUCUGAGGAAAACGGAUGAAAGCGAAUAUGAUAAGGAAUUUUUGGAAAACCUGGAUAAAAAUAUUAUCAAUGGCUUGAAAGAAGAAAAUUUUCAAGUGUUGGAUAUUGAUGUAAAGAAACGAAAGAAGAGGACCAUUGGUGCAUUGCUUGUAACCGCUGGAGUUGUCUUCAGCUGUUUCCUAGGGCUGCCUACAUGCAUAAGCUCUGUCCUAGUUAUUCACACCUACAGACAGGGAGUGUUGCCAGACACACCCAAGGACAUCGAUCCUAAAUUUAUCCUUCAUACAAAAAUCACAUCCAAUAUUUAUUUGAGUUUUUCUAAUGCCUCAAGCCUAUCACACUUCUCUCCUACCAAACCUACCUACAUCAUUGUCCAUGGUUAUCGCAAUAGUGGCGAUGAGGAUUGGAUUAAGAACAUGACAUCACGUCUUCUGGAUAAGAAAGACGCCAAUGUCAUCGUAGUUGAUUGGGAAAAAGGUGCCAACCAAUGGUGGUACCAUUAUGAACAAGCUGCAGUGAAUACAGAAGUGGUAGGAACCAUUCUGGCUCUGCUGGUAGAAAGUCUAGAGCAUCAUCGGGGGGCCAGCAAAACACAUAUUCAUAUCAUCGGACAUAGCCUUGGGGCUCAUGUGGCAGGAUUCGCUGGCAGUGCUCACAAGGAAACCCGAUAUCAACGAAUCACAGGUAUGGAUCCUGCCGGCCCAUUUUUCAGAGAUAAGAAUGCGAACGCAAGAUUGGAUGAAACAGACGCUCAUUUCGUUGACGUGAUUCACACAAACGGUGGAUAUAGGAGUUACUCGGAUCUUGGUUACUUAGACCCAAUGGGUCACUUGGAUUUUUAUCCCAAUGGUGGUGAACAUCAGCCGGGAUGCUACCGUAAGAGUUUAAAUACAUGUAGCCAUUCUCGAGCUCACCAAUUUUUUACGGAAUCCAUUUUAUCCGAUCAAAAAUUCAAGGCCUGGGAAUGUGGGAGUCUGGAUCAAUGUAAAUCAGGAGAUGGAAUAAACACCACCGGACGGUCUGACAACAGGAUGGGGUUCUACACAGAGAAUGUCGAGGGAAACAAAAUGUACUACUUGAAAACGAACAAAACAUCGCCCUAUAGCACGCCCUGACGACACGAGGAUGGGUGUUUCAUACUGUAUACUAAUAUCUAAUCGAGAAACACAUAUGGGAGAUUGUUACAAACAAUAUUCGCGAACACAUACACACUAUGUGUAAAGAUGUUCUUGCAAAUACUUGUCACACGUGAAUGUAAGUUGAUUUACAGUAUUCACUGAUUUUUUUACAGGUACAUGUACAUAUGUUUAGUCAAAUAGAACAAAGGCUUAUCAUUCUUACUGUUUUAACCAUUAAAUACUAUCAAAUCUUA